AUGUUCACUUCCAUUUUCCUGUUCUUGCUCCUGAACAUUUCACUUCUCAUGGUCAGAUUCACUCAUACUAGGUGCUUCUGGAGAAUGAAGCAGAAUGAAAACAAGGAAGGAGAUUUGGGGACAGGUUGUGUCUUCCCUAUUAGAUUGGUGCCUUUUCCUGUGGAAGAAGAGUAUUUCAGCCACAUUCUAAACACACAGGCACCAACUAAAAACUACCAGUUUGCCCUAGCUUUGGCUUUUUCUAUCAAUGAAGUCAACAAGAAUGCUGAUCUUUUAACAAAUAUGUCUCUAGUAUUUGACAUUUUUGAAGAUAGUUGUAUGAGUACACCAAAGCUAAAAAGACUCAUGCAUUUGUCUGAAACAAAUCGUCGUAGGAUUUCCCCGAAUUAUGUCUGUGAUGAUGAGAUCACCUGUUCAGUGCUAUUAACAGGCCCAAAGUGGGAAACAUCUUUGAACACUCGGACAAUCAUGGAGCUCUACAGACCACAGCAGAGCCUACAACUUACCUAUGGACCUUUCCAUCCUAUGCUGAGUGAUAGUGAUCAAUUUCCCUAUCUGUAUCAGAUGGCCCCCAAGGACACAUCUCUAGCCCUGGCCAUGGUCUCCUUCUUACUUUACUUCAGUUGGAACUGGGUUGGGCUGGCCAUCUCAGAUGAUGACCAAGGUAUCCAAUUCCUCUCAUAUUUGAGAACAGAGAUGGAAAGAAAUACAGUCUGCUUGGCCUUUGUGAACAUGAUCCCAGGCAACACACAGCUAUACAUGUCAAGAGCUGAAGUGUACUACAACCAAAUCAUGACAUCCUCUGCAAAUGUGGUUAUCAUUUAUGGUGACACAGACGGUACUCUAGCUGUGAGCUUCAGAAUGUGGGAAUCUCUAGGUAUACAGAGAAUAUGGGUCACCACCUCACAGUGGGAUGUCACUAUAAGUGUGAGAGACUUCACACUUGACUCAUUCCAUGGGACUUUUGCUUUUGCACAGCACCAUUCUGAGAUUUCUGGUUUUAAAAAUUUUGUCCAGACAUUGAACCCUCGCAAAUACUCAGACACGUAUCUGGCAGGGCUGGAGUGGAUGCACUUUAACUGCAAAGCCAUGGAAUCUAAGACAGUGAAGAACUUCGUAUCCAAUGCUUCAUUGGAAUGGCUAAAAGAACAGACUUUUGACAUGACCUUCAGUGAUAACAGUUACAACAUAUACAACGCUGUGUAUGCUGUGGCCUAUGCACUUCCUAAGCUGCUUCUUCAAAGGGUAGAUAACCCAACAAACAAGAAAGGACCCAAUUCUCUCUGCUUGAAGAUGUAUUCCAUGCUGAAGAAAACCCUCUUCACUAAUCCUGUUGGGGACACAGUGAAUAUGAACCAGAAAAAAAAAUGUCAGGCAGAAUAUGAUAUUUUCUAUAUUUGGAAUCUCCCAUACGAUCUUGAACUUAAGUGGAAGAUUGGAAAGUUUAGCCCACAUUUUCAACAGGGUCAGCAGCUCCGUUUAUUAGAAGACAUGCUAGAAUGGACCACAGGAGGUAGACAGAUGCCAGUCUCUGUUUGCAGUGCUGAUUGUGGUCCUGGAUUCAGAAAAUUCUGGCAGCAAGGAAUGCCACCCUGCUGUUUUGAUUGCAGCCCCUGCCCAGAAAAUGAAAUCUCUAAUGACACAAAUUUGGAUCAGUGUGUGAAGUGUCCAGAGGACCGAUAUGCCAACCCAGAGCAGAACCAGUGCAUUCAGAAAGCUGUGGUCUUUUUAGGCUAUGAAGAACCCUUGGGUAUGGCUCUGGCCAUAAUGUCCUUGUGCUUCUCUGUAUUCACUGCUAUAGUUCUUGGAGUCUUUGUGAAACACCAUGCUACUCCCAUUGUAAAGGUCAAUAACCGCACUCUCAGCUACAUCUUGCUCAUCUCACUCAUCUUUUGUUUCCUAUGCUCCUUGCUCUUCAUUGGCCAUCCAAACUCAGUCACCUGCAUCCUGCAGCAAAUCACAUUUGGAGUUGUAUUCACUGUGGCUGUUUCCAGUGUGUUGGCCAAAACUAUUACUGUGGUUCUGGCUUUCAAACUCACAGUACCUGAAAGAAAGAUGAAGUACAUCCUGGUUUCAGGGACACCUAACUACAUCAUUCCCAUCUGUACUCUCAUCCAAAUGAUUCUCUGUGCAAUCUGGUUGGGAGUUGCUCCUCCCUCCAUUGACAUUGAUGCACACUCUGAGCAUGGCCGUAUCAUCAUAGUGUGCAACAAGGGCUCAGUUAUUGCAUUCUACGGCGUCCUGGGAUACCAUGGCUCCCUUGCCUUAGGAACGUUCACUCUGGCUUUCUUGGCCAGGAAACUACCUGAUACAUUCAAUGAAUCCAAGUACUUGACAUUCAGCAUGCUGUUGUUCUGCACUGCGUGGGUCACCUUUCUCCCUGUAUAUCACAGCACCAAGGGAAAGGUCAUGGUGACUGUAGAGAUCUUCUCCAUUUUGGCUUCCAGUGCAGGGCUGCUGGGAUGCAUCUUCAUCCCCAAGUGCUAUGUAAUUUUGUUAAGACCAGAGAGAAAUUCUUUUAAAAACUUAAGGAAGAAAACAUCAUCCUGA